AGUUUAUUUCUCGUUUCAGAUUAUAAGAAGAAGAAGAAGAAGAAGAAAAAGAAUAAGAAUAAGAUGAGGAUCGGUCUAAUGUUGAUUUGCCAUGACGUAAGAUUUAGUAGUUUAUAGUCGAACUGGUUUAAAAAAAAAAAAGAAAAUAAAAAGUCAGUUGAAGCAGAUAGAAAGAAAGCAAGCAAGAAGGGAGGUUUUUAGGUGAUAGAAUGACGACGCUAACUACAGCGUCGGAUCGUCCGGAGGGCUCGUUGGUAGGCGUGACGUCAGUCCUGGACUUAGCCUCAAGUGGUAACAUCAGUUUUGUGAACAAUGAGAGCAAGGAGUCCAUAAAAGAGGAUCCUUGGCCAGACUUAUCCUUAACGAUAUUGAAAGGUUGCGUACUCGGUUGGAUAAUAGUUAUGGCCGUGUUCGGUAAUUUAUUAGUAAUGGUGUCGGUAAUGCGUCAUAGAAAAUUACGUAUAAUAACGAAUUAUUUCGUGGUGUCAUUGGCAUUGGCCGACAUGCUCGUAGCGAUGUUUGCGAUGACAUUUAACGCGAGCGUACAAAUCAAAGGUAAAUGGCUCUUCGGUUAUUUCAUGUGCGACGUCUGGAACUCGUUGGACGUUUAUUUCAGUACGAGUUCGAUUUUACACUUGAUGUGCAUAUCCGUCGAUCGUUAUUACGCGAUAGUUAAGCCUCUGAAGUAUCCCAUCAAGAUGACUAAGAGAGUGGUCGCGUGUAUGUUGCUCGCUUGUUGGAUAUCACCAGCUAUCAUUUCAUUCGUACCGAUAUUCAACGAUUGGUAUACAACUGUCGAAGACAGCGUACAUCGACAGGAUCAUCCGGAUGAUUGUGUUUUUCGUGUUAACAAGGGUUACGCCAUUGUAUCAUCGAGUAUAUCUUUUUGGAUACCGUGCACCAUUAUGAUGCUUACUUAUUAUUCUAUAUUCAAAGAGGCUAAUCGUCAAGAAAAACAAAUGCACAGUCGUCUCGGUAACGCAAUGUUAUUAAGCCAUAGGCCAAGCAAAGAUUUGAACAAUCUCAACGGCGAGCUCAACAGCGCCGGUUCAUCGAAAACUUUAACGCUCAACGAGAUUAGCACGGACCAAUUGCAUACUCCUACCAAAGACAAGAACAUGAUGAAAAUGAAGAGAGAACACAAAGCCGCUAGGACAUUAGGAAUCAUCAUGGGCACGUUUAUACUCUGCUGGUUACCAUUCUUUUUAUGGUACGUCAUAACAGCACUCUGCCGUACGUGUCCCUGUCCGAAUAUCGUCAUAGCAAUCCUCUUUUGGAUAGGAUACGCAAACUCGGCGUUAAAUCCGCUGAUAUACGCGUACUUCAAUCGUGACUUUCGGGAAGCUUUCAAGAACACCCUACAGUGCGCCUUUUGUUCACUCUGCAGGCGGCAGCCGUCCGAUCUCGAAGCGUUAAACCUCCGCCGGCCGUCCCUAAGGAUAAACGACAGGACUUUUGAGUCAGCCAAAUACACGGAAAGGGUAUGAAAGAUACACUCUAUCAAACUGAAUUAACAGCGUCAGGUACGAUGAUCGAACGAAGAGCAUAUACACGGAAACUUACAUCAUCAAACACAACGAUCGUCGGAGAUCGAGCGAAUUCGGCAGCAGCCUUUGAGAGACUCUUUAACGUGAUCCUUUGACAGGUCAAACGAUCUUCUGCUGUGUUCCAUGAAGAAAAAAGAAAAGAAAAGAAAAGAAAAGAAUAGAAAAGAAAAUGAACAAAACAAAACCAAACAAAAAAAAAGAAAUUAUUCGAUCGAUACGUAAAAGAAAAUAUACCCAAUUCUCGCGAAACGAACAAUUCAAAAUAAAGAAAAACCAUGGUGAGGGGGAAAGGAUGGACGGAGGGUGGUGACCGAUGGGUGGGUGGAUGGUCGGUGCUUGGCUAGAAAAAAUAAAUGAUACGAAAAAUUAAUAAAUUAAAAAAUAUUACUUACACAAAACAUACUUUUUUCAAAGAGAGAUCGGAAUCAAACAAAAACGAAAAUGAGAAGAAAAAUGAAAAAAAAAAAAGAACAAAAGUAAUAAAAAGAUCGUGACGGAUGAUGAAUAGUAGAAGAAAAAUUUACGAAGAUGAUCUCGAAUAGUUCAUUUUUGCCUUUCUGUCUAUCUCUCUCUCUCUCUCUCUCUCUCUCUUUUUCUUUAAUCUUUUAAUCUAAUUCUAAUAAUGCAAAAAAUAAUGGAACAUAGAAAAGAAGUAUUAUAUAGAUGAUAUCAUACACCGUCUUUAAUCGAGCAUUUUAUUCCCUAAAAGCGUUACCCCUUUUACUAAGGCCUCUUAUGUGUUUGUAAAAGAGUGAGUGAGUGAGAUAGAUAGGAAGAGAAAGAGAGAGAGAGAGAGAGAGAGAGAGAGAGAGAGAGAGAGAAGGAUAGAAAGCUUUACGCGCGUUUUAAUGAAACGCGAUAAAAGCAAGGAAGCAAGACGAGCCUUAACGUAGUUUCGUUUAUUACUUCCCCUACGUUCGACGUCCUUUGAUUCACCUCCUGCCUCCCUCCCACCCUUCCACCCCCCCUUUCACCGUCAGCUCUUUCCCUCCAACUUUCCUACCCCCUCGCCUUUAAUCGUAAUUGACGUUCAAAAAACGUUUUUUCAUCUCUGCCAAUUGCAAUCGAUAACUCGAUUGUCGAAUAGAGCACGUCGAACAAAGGCUACAAAAAUGAAACGCGACUAGAAAGAAAGAAUGAAAGUGUGAGAGAGAGAGAGAGAGAGAGAGAGAGAGAGAAAG